GUCGCAACCAGAACAAGAGAUGCGGUUUUCGGUGGCUUGCUUCGAGUGAUUCCUUUGAAGGCCACAUUGAAGGGUUGACAUUCAUGACAGCUAUGUUGUCAUCUUUAUAAACCAUUGGAGGCAAAAAGAUCAACUAACAGCCUCUCUAGGCCUUGGAUCGUGGAAACAUGUUGCGAUUAGUCACAGCCUCACUGUACCUGUGGAGCCCCCGAACACAAGUCAUCCCUUUACUUCCUGUUCGGCCCUGCACCUCAUUCAUUCAGGAAGAGAACACUGUUGCUGUGAACGCCCUGUACAACCUGUGUGUAGACAUCAGUAAAGUUCGGCAGCAGAAGGGUUGGGUGUUGCGACAGAGCCCUGCGUAUGUGUCCGAGACUGCUGCCCUGCUGAGGGAUAUGGGGGCUAGUGAAAGCAUCAUCACCCGUGUCUUGGAGCUCUUUCCAGAGGCCAUCCUCUGCAAGCCUGAGGAAAUGGACGCACAGAGAAAGCUGUGGAUGUCAGUGUGCCCCAAGAAGAAGGAUUUGGUGGGAAUCAUUGAAAAAUUCCCCGCCUCGUUUUUCACCUCGUCUUCUGAUCACGAUAACCAGACAGCAAAUAUUUUGUAUUUCCAGAGCAUACAUCUUAACAAUCGUAUUAUUAGUAAGCUCAUGGCCACCGCCCCUCAGAGCUUCAGCAGACCUGUGAAGCAAAAUGAGGAGAUGAUCCAGAUGCUGCAGAAGACAUUUUUGGAUUUGGGUGGGAGGGAGGACAAUAUGAAGGUCUGGCUUCAGAAAUUGAUCACUCAGAAUCCUUAUGUGCUUUCAAAGGUACCGGAGGCCUUGCACAAUAACUUAGUGUUCCUGCGAGACAAUGGCUUCACCAGCAGUGAGCUUCUGCAGCUGCUUACCAAAUUGAAAGGGUUUGUCACUGAAUUAAACCCUGAAAGUAUGAAACACUCCCUGAACUAUUCUCAGGAGAUUCUGGGAUGCACAGAAGCCGAGCUCAGGCAAAUUGUACUUGAGUGUCCAGCCUUGUUAUACUAUCCUGUGCCUAUACUAGCCGAACGUUUUAAAGGUCUCCUCGCUGCUGGAAUGAGUAUAGAGAAGAUCAUGGAGACGCCCACUGUGUUGGAACUGACAACCCAGAUAGUUCAAUAUCGCAUUCAGAGGCUGCAAUCUUAUGGCUACGAUGCACGAACGGGUAGCCUGCAAGUCCUCAAUGGCACCAAGAAGGACUUUGAGAAGUGCUACGGGCAGCUACAUCUCAGGCGAGAGAGACCGCUCUUUAAUCCAGUAGCACCUCUUACAACAGAGGAUUAAGGUGCUACAUUUGCAUUAAGGAGAAGACGUGCUACUCUCACAGAAUUUGAACUAUCCUUGUUAUUUAUUUUUUAUUUAAUGGACUGCGAAGAUCACAUAAUUGCAUGCUUUAUUAAUAUCGUGCAUGCCAAUUUUAUCAGUGUGCUAUGCUCAAAUGUGCUCAAAGGAUGCAGUUUUGCCUUAAAUUUAUUUCAGACAAAUAUUUUAUGGUUGUUGAAUGAGUUAUUGUUUGUAUGGUUUCAAAAACAAAGACAUAAUAGUUGAAAAGGAUGACAAAGAAGCCUGUUUUAGUGCCAUUCAGAAUUUUAGUGACAUUUACUUUACUGUAAUUGCUAUUAAAAUAAUGUCAAAAUGACGAAUAAAUCUUAAUUGUUAUAGAUAUUUUUUUUCAUUUGGGGUAAAAUAUGGUCUUUACAGUAAUAAAGUACACACAGUAAUAUGUACAGAUUUAGUUAGAAUGAUAGCAAAUUGUUUUUAAUUUUAAAGGUAUUUUUUAUCAAAAGGCUUAAAUAAUGAACAAUAUACAUUUCUAAGCAAUGAUACAUUAUGUAUGUUGAUAAAUAUUCAGAUCAAUGAAUGUUUACCAGUAUGUUGCUAAACUUCAUGCUGGCAGAAUCUAAUUUGCAAGCGUUUCCCUUUAUUUUGGCCUCUGGGCAAUGUUUUGAGAUCAUUCAGUGCUUUUUAAUGAUUAGACUAAAGACUUUACUGGUAUCUAUAAUGAAGUUUCAUUACAUUUUGCCUUGUGGCGUGUGCUGUUUAUGCAGUGGAGUUUAUGAUUUCAUUAAUAGUGAAAUAUUAAAUUUCACAGGCUUCUAGCCUCAGUUGUAUCAAAUUAUGGUUGCUUUUUUCUAAUUCUCAAAUAAUGAUUUCAGUUUCCAAACAUUGAUUAGUCCUCAUAAGUAAUUUAUGCAGUAAUAAACAACAAUUUUCUCAAAA